AUGGGAAGAAGCAAAGCAAGAGGGUGCAUGACCCAAACUAUACUCUGGUUAAGAAUAAGCGCGCACAUCAGUCAUACCAACUUUCAACUAUCAUUUCAGCUGCAAGUCUCCUUUCGCUCCGGAAAGAACUACCAAAGAGAAGCAGACCAAUUCAAAAAUGAAAAGAAUGAAGAAAUAAUACUUCCUGUAAGAAAGCCUAGGUAAAUGCUUUGGACUCAGCUUAUGUAGACAGAGACCUCUUUGGAAGGAGCACAGCUAACUUGGAGCUAACUCUGGUACUUUUUGUCAGUAGUGGGACAGUUAUCAAUAAGUGGGUCUUCAUAAAUCUUUGAAGGGACUUCAUCUUCUCUUUCAAAAUCCGUCUCGUACUUAGAUUUCUUCUAGCUAGCAGGCUAAAGCGAAUUUGUUUGUAUGUUUUUGGUACAUUCUUCAUACGGCAGCAACACAAUUUCUCUCUAUGAAAUGAGUUUAAUUCUUUGUCACGUCCUCCUCCUUCUCUUCUCAUCUUUCAUCUUCAAGCAGGAUGGGGUAACUAACAGCAAGGAAGUAAGAAAAUUUAAAAAUAAAAAAUUCAUCUCAAAAAUGUUUAUUUUGCAAGGAAUGGUCUUAGAUUACUAAGAAAUGAUUCUACUUUCCUCAAAAAUCAGAAGAAUAUGUAGAAUGGAAAUCUUUUCACCCAAUAUUCCAGUGCAAAUUUUCGAGUCUUCCUUUAGGCGCUGA